ACUGAGGACACAGAAGAUGUUGAAACUGUGAAGGGGAACCAGGAUUGGAAAUUGUUUGAAGCCACUCUAAUACAUGAAGUGAACGGGACAGUUAUUGGAACAAGAGAAGAAGGUUUGCUCGUUGUGAGUUUAACGGAUAAGAUAAGUGGAGAAAAAAUGAACGGGACCGUUUGUCCUGGUAACUUUAAUUGGUACACUGCAAAUACCUUCUGUCAAUACCUUGGAAACAAACAGGGAGAAUGGGGCAGCAAACCGAACAAUUACUGGAAUCUCAUUUCCGAGCCGUUUUUAUUACAACAAACAAUAAAGUCAGUGAUACUGAAUGAAUUGAUCUGCAAAGACAUUAACAACAAAAAUACAAAAUCUGAAUGCUUUGUAAACGUUUCAACAGACAGUUGCAGAAACAAUCAGAGUGUGUGGCUGUAUUGUACCAAUGAAACAGAUAUGUGGAGCCCUGUGGUUAAUGAGAAAAGUAUCCCUGCUGAUCUGGAUACUUCUUACCUGCACCUGAGAACUAUCAGCACUGUGGGUACUAGUAGUAGGGAGUAUAUAAGGAUAUAUUUUUAUAGUGAGGAAGGAGAAUAUGGAGGAGGUAUUGUUACCUGGUUCGGUACUCCUGUAGAGUAUUAUCUCCCCUAUUGUCAGUCAGGCUUCACUCCCUUCCAGAGUCUACCUGCAGAAACAGAUAAACACUGGGUAGUAGAGAGACGUAGCUACAGGAUCAUAGUAUAUUGUAAUGGAAAACAGGUACUCAACAUAACAGCAUCAUCUGAAACGUGUAGUGAUGAAAGUUGGAAUACUUAUUGGGGAAAUGAAGUGAGCAUAAUAAAGCUUUAUGCAGGCAGCACUACCUCUUAUUAUAAUAUAGAGCGUGCGUGGGAGUUUGAGAGAGCAUCUCUUAUCAACAUGGUGACUGGAACGAGUAGACUUAAUGAUAGCGGGGGUCUUUUGAUCGCAACAGUUUAUAACAAGCAAACUGGUAUGGUGCAAAAUGGAACAGUUUGCAAGGAUGCGUUUAACUGGUAUUCGGCACAGCUUUUUUGCUGGACAAUUGGACAUCACUUCUCUGACUGGGGAAGUAAUCCGAGAAACAUGAAAUAUGUUCCUGAGUGA